AUGGAUUUACUCCCCUUCAAGCUAUCCGAACAUACUGGCGUGCUUUCGGUUGGUGCAUGUGAGUUCAUAAUUUUCAUUUGGAUUUUGGAAAUUGUUUUGUUGAUGAAUAUGUUCAUUUGUAUCGGAGGUCUUUUAUGGGGUUAUGAUGCUCAAAUAUCCGGUGGAACACUUUCCGUUCCUUAUUUCAGAAGAGAUUUUGGAGGGGUAUACAACGACCAAUUCGUCUUACCUGCUAGAUGGCAAAGCGCUCUUAAUUCUGUUUCUUCUAUAGGAGGUAUGUUUGCAGGACUCUCUAUUGGUUGGGUUGCAGAUCUUAUUGGCCGUCGGGGAUCAGUAGGAUGCGCAUGUCUCAUUUCCAUCUCAGCCGUAUUCAUACAAUUCUUUACUCCUUCACAUGUCAACGGUAUGCUCCUAGCUGGAAAACUCAUCAACGGUUUCGCUCUAGGCAUGUUCGUCUCGACGGCUUCUUCCUAUUGUUCAGAAAUAUCACCUUUGGCAUUAAGAGGAAUAACGACUGGUAGUGUAAACUUAUGGAUCGUCAUUGGACAAUUCCUUUCCAAUUGCGUCAUUGAAGGUACUGGAAAACGAACCGAUUCGUACGCUUACCGAAUACCUUUUGCCGUUCAAUGGUUAUUCCCACUCAUCCUUCUCAUAGGACUUCCUUUCGCUCCGGAAUCACCUUGGUAUCUCGUCCGUAGAGGUCGUGUGGAUGCCGCGAGAAGAGUCAUCGAUCGUUUAGGUGGAGGUAACGUUGAUGUGGAAUUGAUGGUCAAUCAAAUUCAAGAAACUAUAGCUUUGGAAGAUCGUGAUAAGGCUUCUACAACUUACCUCGAUUGUUUUAGAGGCACGAAUCGUCAAAGGACUAUUAUCGCUUCCAUGGUUUUCGUCCUUCAACAACUCAGUGGUGUCAUCUUCGCCCUAGGAUUUAGUAGUUAUUUCUUUCAAUUAGCUGGUUUUAGCGAUUCGAAUUCGUUUCGAUUGGGAGUUGGAGUGACGGCUAUUGGAGUCGUGGGGAAUUUGGUUGCGUUGUUCACCGUGAAUCAAUUUGGAAGAAGAGGAUUGUUUUUCUGGGGUAUGAUAGCUUGUUCCGUCGUCAAUUUAUUAGUCGCGUUUAGUUCUCUCGCACCGACAUCAUCAGGUAGAUGGGCCUCUGCGUCUUUCACCAUCAUUUACAAUUUCUGCUAUCAAAUCGGUAUAGGUCCUCUUGGAUAUAUAAUCUUCGCAGAAGUCUCUUCUGCCAAA